AUCUCUGAACUAAGCCUACAGUUGUGUUCUGGCAGUAGAUGAAGGCAGACUGAAAUCUUACUCACUCUGCAAUUCAUCCAACUCGGAGCAAACCUGCUCUAUAGUUACUGCUCUCAGAGCACAAAAUUAAGAAGCUGAGUACUCCGGAGGAAUAUUAUUAGCUCCGAUAUUAAAACUUCUUAAUUCAACCUUGCUCCUGUGUCUCCAGUAUCCUGUAGUCAUUUAGUGAGUCAGUGAUAGGGACCCUCUAGGUUCAAGUGUAUCAAAUAUAUUCAAUCCAAACUUCAAGAUUAGUUCUGAAAGAUAAUAAAACAAGAAGUUUAAAGGAGAAAAUUUCCAAUAUUGCUUAGGGACGGUGUUUAAGAGAGGAAAGAUAAAAAGAUCUUGUUACGGAACUCUGGAGUCUAUCUUAAACCUGUCGAUGAAAACAAUACGGAUACAAGAUACCCGGCUCCUACACAUCCUCUCAUGCCAAUUCUUAGUUACAGUUUAGUCAUCCUCAGUGAUACUAGAGCUUAAAUCUAGCUCAGUUGUUCAACCCUAGACCCAGAGAUAAGUUCUAAACCAGCUCUUUAAAGCAUUGAACCAACCGACCAUAAUAAAUAACGAUAGUUUCGCUUUUUGUGGGAUAAGAAUUUUUUCCUGCUGUGUCUUGAUGUUUCCCGUCACACCAGGUCUUGAAAUAUAGCAGUUUUUAUUGACGAGGGGGCGAUUGUUGCCUGAUUACAGGUUCUCUCACACCUUAGCAGUACAUGGAGAUAUUUUAAAGAUGCCUGUUCCAAACAGUCCUCAUGCAUACCGGAGAAUUAUCCCGGUAGAGAAGGAGGAUGAAUUUGACAUGAACUCCAGUAAACCUCCGAGACCUCUGUACACAGCUAAGUACGAGCAAGGGCGGUAUACUGUUGGAGUAGAAACAUAUUUGAACCAUGAUCUUCCAAAGCGGAAAACAAGUUGCCCGUCUUUUGGAAGCGUAAGCGGAGGUUUUCAUAGAUCUCGAGACAGAACUCGUCAAUCUGCAGUUCAGAGGCUCGUGGAGAGAAAGCUGGCGCAAAAGGAGAAAGAGCGGGAAAAGGAAAGGGAUAGAAGCUUAGGCAGCAAGUUCGACAGCUUCAGUAGUAGGCAGAGCUUUCAUAGUUACAGUCCAAUCAGACAGAGAGAUACAUCUCGGAGCAGAUCAGAGAACGGUUUCAUCCUAGGAACAGGAAGAUGCUCUUCUCCUUCAAAAGAGAACAUCGAACCAGAUUUGUUCAGCUCUUGGAGCAAACGAAGAACAAGGAGUGUGUCUGGAACCAGGAUCCGAGGUUCCAACGAGGAACCCGUUGCUAAAACCUAUAUAACAAUAGGUCCUGGCAAACCUACCAGGAUUAGAGAACAUUCACCAGCUAAAUCCGCCAAACUUACAUCUGACGAAACAGUAACCAGUGCCAGGGAGAGAUUUGCUCAAUCCAGGAGUGGUUCUCCGCUUAAACAAUUUGAUCUUAAUCGGCAGAGCUCACCCUCUCCAAAUAGAAAGACAAGCAGAAACAUUUCACCAGGCAAAUCAAGAGACAUUUUAAGAGACGCGUCUCCCCUAAAAAGUACAGACAUUUUAAAAACAUUUAGAGCUUCUAAAAGUGAGUCAAAUUUUAACUCUCGGAUUCCUGAUGAAAAUCAUAACACCAAACCUUACUUUGCGGAGAAGAUAUUUAAAGUGAAUCUUGAGCAUAAUCCAAGGAAAAAUUCAAGAAGGUUGAGUGUUGAAAUAUUAAACAAUAUACAUGAACAGAACACAGAUUCUAAAAACCGAGCUUCUCCUGAAACCGAAUCUUCAACAUCUUCUCUAUCUUCUAAUCUCAGCGGUUCCACGGAUAGUGUUGAAUCUUCUGAUAAAUCUUCCUCCGUUCUCAGACAGAGAAGGAUAUCUUUGGAACAACGGUUUCAAGCUAGAACAGGAACAGCCAGGUUUACUUCUCCGGAUAGAUCAACCCAGUCCAUUCAUAGUUUUUCUCAAGCUACUGCAUUCUCUGCUAGUACUGAUGUGGAUGAUACCUGGACGCAUAUAAAGAUACGACGGUAUUCCACCGUUAAAACACAUUGUGAGUUCUCCUCUGUCACCGGAGGACCCAGAGAAUCGGUUGUGAGACCUAUCCCUGCAUCUAGAAAGAUCUCUUUACCCCAGACUGCCGAGGUUCGGCCAGAACCUGCUCCAAGAAGGAGAAGUUUAACAACAAUUUUAUCUGCAGAAAGAUAUGUCUGUGAGGUGCUAUUACAAGAAAGCGAAUAUGACCCAUAUUUAUGAACACGAGGCGGAUGG